ACACCAUAGCGCAAGUUGUCUGUCCAUUUGCUCUUGAAUCGCUUCAGACCGCUGGGCUUUCCUCGCGACUGAACACGUGCCCCCUGCAGACUGAGCGCGGGGCUCGCGACAGUCCGCGCGCUGACUCCUCCCACCGAGUUGUCCUGGGAAACGCUAACAACUGGAAGAAAGUGCACUCGAGCCUCCUGCUGUCUGUACGAGGACGCUCUGCUGCCAUUCCAACUCACAGUGGACACUUUUUUGAAAGGAUACCCUGGGCCCAGCUCCUUCCGGAGGAGUAUUAUGCGUCCGAAAGUCGCCGCUUCUUCUUCUUCUCCUCCUCCUCCUCCUUCACGCUGAGCCUCAUCUGCUCCAGUGUCCAGGGACAUGAAACUCAACCCACAGCAAGCUCCACUCUAUGGCCGGUGUGUGAUCACGGUGCAGCUCGCAGAUGGAGAGCUGGCUGCGGACGAGGAGAGCGUUGACUACUUCCUGCUAUUUGUUGGCAACACACAGAGGCACCUGACCAGCACCCUGAGGAGCAGUCAUGACACCUUGCAGGCGCUGUGUCCCGCUCAUGACUGUUGCGAGGUGGUGCGGGUCACCUUGUGUUCAGCCAGCCGAGGCGUCCCCCAGUCCCCCGAGGACCUAAAGCCCCGUCUGGGUCGCGUGGCUCCAUUGGCCGAGCAUCGAUUCGGCUUUGUCCAGGAUUUGGCUUUUGACCUGGCGCAGUUCCUGGUGAGCACCGCGGGCCGGGUGGACGGCCUGGAAGGGGCGUUGCUGCUGGACGAGUGUCGGAUCCCCUCGCAGGAGUGCGAGCGUCUGGACGAGAAGCUGGCGCUGGCCCUCCACCACCUGGCGCUGCCUCCGGGAUGGAGCUUACUGGGGAACCAGCUGACCAACAGCACUGACCUGAAUCCUCAGGAGACUCUGCUGCACUUUUCAGCGCGUCGAGGUCUCCUUCGGGUGACACGCUUCUUACUGCAGCAGGCAGGAGCAGGGGAAGCACUGCGAUUGGCCAACAGACAAGGCCACACCCCCUCCAACAUCGCAGCCCUGCGUGGACACGAGCGCCUGCACGAGCUCCUCACCCAGGCCGAGACGGACAAAGGGGCCGAGCCCGGCCAGCUGGUGUCCACGGACGCCCGGCUCGUCUGCCACCUCCCCGGGCUGAACACGCACACGCUGACGCUGAGCAACCGGCCCGGUCACGACCCCCCAACCCUCCGGAGGAGCGUGGAGCAGCUGCUGCACCUGAUCUGCCAUCUCCGUGCCAAGGGAGUUUCUGCGCUGGAGCUGAAGUUUGAGUCUCUGCACACAGCUGCCGAAUGUUGUGAUGGGGCAGAAACGGAGAUAACGCGUCUGGAGCGGCCACAGCUGCCUGCCACGCCGUCAGACUGCUCGGAUACAACAAGAGGGGGGAGCUGGGUGGACAACUGCUCCGUGGAAAGCCGCCCCGGCGUGGAUUGUGGACAUGGUGGGACUGAGGAGGCGGCGAGGGACUGGAGUUUGUCAGUGAGCUCUCCGGGGUCAGAAGUGCGGCUCCGGGAGCAUGGCCUCGGCCCCCCAGCGGACUGUGUGUUCCUCGGCACAAACACUGGGAGAGAUUGCUACCAGACGGAGCAAGAGGGAAGGGAGCAGCCCGCUGUCUCCACGCCGAGCGUGAGCCCGUGUGACGAGGCCGAGGGAGCGCAGAGCGGGGAGGAAGGGGCCCGCCCCACCGUCGGAAUCCCACCGCCGUCAAGCGGUGAUAAGCGGGCAGAGGAAACUAGAGAGGCGGUGAUCCGGGAAGGACAGGACGCUGCUGAAGGAGAGGACGGACCAGAGCAGGAAGCAGAGGAGGACGGCACGGCUACAAGGAGGGAGGAGGCGACUCGCUCUGACUCAACCGAUCCAAUAAAGCCCUGUGGGGACACAAAGGCGUCGGCCAUGGGCCAGUCGGCGUCAUCAGACGGCUCAGAGGGAUCUGACACCUCUGAUUGUGAAAUGAAGGAGUGCCCUCACGAAGGAGGGACUUGCGGGAGACUUAGUCAAGCGCAGUGUGAGGGAUUCGCUUUCAAAGAGGGGGAGGCAGAGAAGGAGGGGUUAACGGAGUCUGUGGCAGACCCGGGGGGCCUCCCUGACCCACCUCCGAUGGACUGCGGUGAUGUAACCGCGCAGCCUGAAUCUGCUGUUCCACGUCUCCUGAUAGACCGCCCCCACGAGGGGGAACCUCCGCCAGACAUAAACAGCCUGGAACAAAACCAGGAAACAGCUGGCGGGGAUUACGCUAUAGAGCAGCCGCAGGGCUCGGCUCCAGAAACUGGGAGCUGCACUGUUGAGGAGAUAGAAGGUGAAGACGCUGCCCAACCUAAACCUGAACCCGGAUCCAUACGCUGUAUCCAUAACACCGGGCCCAUGGAGGAACCCGGCCCCGCGGCAAACAGCCCGACUGCCGGUAACCCCACGGGGGAUCCAUCACUGGGAAUGGCGCCCUGCUCCGGUGAUCACGCUCCGGGGACGACCGACAGCCUCUGCAGCGACGACAAUGACAGUUUCCAGUCGGCCGGAAGUUCCGCGGCAGAUUUGUUUCAGCCAACUCUGGACCACCAUUGUACGGAAGAUAAGGAAAUUGCUCGAACCGCGACAGCAGAUCUGUCCUCGACGGGGUUGCCUGCCGAGGAACCGGUUGAUUCACAACAUAGGGAGAGCCGCGAAAGCCCCCCCGCCGCCACUGCACCCACAGUGACAGAGACUGGUGCUGAGCCCGAAUCCCAACCCUGUUCUAGCCAUGACGCAAUGGAGGAUCCAGAGGGGACCAGGGAGGAACUCAACCCAGAACUUCCCGAAGGAGAUCUGUCGCCGGUGAGCGGGGACACGUGGGACUCUAAUCUGAACACGGAGACGGAGGGCUCGGCAUCAGAGGUCCCCAGCGGGAUUUUACCAGAACCCGCGCCGCCAGAUGGGGCUGUGAAUAGUGACGUUGAAGAAGGCCAGUCAACAGAGACCCGAGACCAAUCAGCGCCGGCCUCGGCUGAAGAGAGUGUCAGCGCACGACCCGAGCAGGGUGAUUCUGAGAUGACAGCGGACGAGAGGUCGCGCUGUGACGAUCGGAUCGCCUCGGAAGAUGAACCGCCUUCUCCUCGCACUGAGAGCGAGGAGAAGGAAAACCCGGAGACUCCCGACGCCGCGGAAGGAGCAUCGCAAGGCCCCGCCGGUGCCGCUCAAGAGCUGGAAGCCAUCAUGCCUGGAGGAACAGUAAUUGGGGUACCGGAGGACGAAAAUGCCCCCCCAGAGGAAACGGACGUCUCCAUGUCCCAAACCGACGGCCCGCGGUGUCCUGGUGCUCCGUGCAGGGCGAGACGGGACUCACACCUUCUGUGCUGCCGUGGGGAAUCCACCACGCUGUUAACAUCGAUCCACCGAGACAGAGAGGCGUCGUUCCAUCAGCCCUGCCACACUCAGCACUCAGGUUCCUCACAUUCCCUCCCCAGACUCGCCAGCCUCCCCGGCAGUGACACCAGCUGUCCCUCCGCGCCUCACAGAGACUCUGGCAGUGACAUAGAAAGCCUCCUGAGCGCCGAGCCGGGAUAUGACAGCGUCUUCACAAAGAGCGAUGAAGCAGUGACGGGAGGAGACAGUGCCAGCGAGGUUUCCGUCUCCUGCUCCUCCACGGACGACACAGCCAGCGUCGGCCCGUCCAGCUCCAGUCCCGAGGGCAGCCAGGGCCAGGAAUGUAGCUGGAGCCCGGAGGAGGCCGGGGCUCCGAACGCUGCAGGACUGCACGCUGGUGGUUGUGUUAGUGUUGGUGGAGCAGCAGCAGCAGCAGCAGGGGAAGGCGCCGGGGAAGCUGAAGAAGAAGCCAAAGACCGAGUGACAGAGGUGCCGCGGCGCUCCAGCAUCCUCCGCAACAGCCUCCGCUCCCUGUCGCCCCUUCGCCGCCACAGCUGGGGUCCCGGAAAGAACAACGGAGCAGACUCCGAGAUGAACCAGAGGAGCUCCAUCCAUGGCCCUGGUGCAGGAAAGCCAACCUUUCACAGGAGAAGCUACAGCCUGGAGGGGCUCAGUGCGGCCCAGGAGGAGCUCAGGGGCCCAACCACUCAUAGGAGCCGGAUCCUGGAGGCGUCCAGGAUGCCCCGACGUGACGGCGACCACAGGGGCUCCCUGGUGUCUUUGACGGAGGAGCAGGAGGACCUGGGGCAGCAUGGCAAACUGCAUGACCUGAAAUCAAGGCGGUAUCGGCCUCUGCGAAACAGCGGUCCUCCCAUGACCCUCCCCCUCACCAAGUCAGUAUCCAUGCUCGCCAUCAGCCAGAGAGACACUGAUGCAGUGGGACACCUAAGACGUAAGAGGCGAAUUUCCUUCUCUUUCAGCCUUUCCCCCAUCCUCAACAAAUCUAAGUCUCAGUCUGUUUUCGGGGACUCCUCAUCUAGCGAUGAUGAUGAUGAUAACUUGAGUAUGAGGUCGUUUUCCAGCGCCUCCGGGUCCCUAGCGUACAGUAUAUCUGAGGAGGAGCCGGGCCCUCUGCGGAGCGACACUGAGGGGAAGAGCGUGACGAAAGUCAGCCGGACCUUCAGCUACCUCAAGAACAAGAUGUACAAAAAGACCAGGGAAAAGGACCGCGAUAAAAGGGAGAAGGACAAGGAGGUCAAAGAAAAGGACAAGAAGACGAUCAACGGUCAUCUAUUCACACCAGUGAGCCCGGGCCAGGCGGCCCAGUGCUUCCAGUGCAACAAGGCUUUCAACAGCAAGGAGGCGUUCCAGUGCACGCACUGUAAUGCCUCCGUCCACAAGAGCUGCAGGGACAGCCUGCCUGUUUGUGCCAAGGUGAAGAUGAAGCCGCCCAAACAACAGUUUUCAGUACCAGAUUCAAGCCUGUUUCCUACGGUCACGAUGAGGAACAAAUCUGGUGGAACAAGGGAGCGCCCCUGGUCUGCCAUCUUGUCUCCCGAAGAGCAUCCUUCCCUGAUGAUCCCAUCACGGAGACACACCAGCAUCAUGACCUUCCACGGCAACAACCUCUCCAAGAGUCUCUCCAUAAGCAACAUCGCUGGUCCGGUGUUUGACGACAUGCCCAUUAAAGGCCUGCGAUAUCUCUCCCAGUCUACCGACUCCCUCAACAGAACCAACCAGGUCACAGAGUCCAUGGAAUCACUCACUGAUGAAGGGACAGAGAUGAUGGACGGCCAGCUGAUGGGGGAGUUCGAGGCCGAGGCCAAGGAGCUGGAAGCAGACUCUUGGAGUUUAUGCGCGGAGCAGCAGCAGUACCUGCAGCAGCUGGACAAAGAGCUAGCCAAGAAGCAGGACGUCAUCUAUGAGCUGAUGCAGACGGAGAUGCACCACAUCCGGACGUUGCGCAUCAUGUCCGAGGUCUACAGCAAAGGCCUCCAGAAGGAGGUGCAGCUGGAGCUGCAGAUGUUGGAGAAGCUGUUCCCCGCCAUCGACGAGCUGCUGGAGCUCCACACGCAGCACCUCCUCCGCCUCCUGGAGAGGAAGAAGGAGAGCCAGCUGCAGGGGGGGAGCAUGGAGGGAGGCUUCAUCAUCAACAGGAUAGGGGACAUCCUGGUCAGCCAGUUCUCAGGGUGCAAAGGUGAAAGCAUGAAGAGGGUUUACGGAAGAUUCUGCAGCCGCCACAACGAAGCCGUGAAUUUCUACAAGGACCUCCUGACCAAAGACAAACGCUUCAAGGCCUUUAUCAAAAAAAAGAUGAGUAGCAGCAUUGUGCGGAGGCUUGGUAUCCCAGAAUGCAUCUUACUGGUUACCCAGAGGAUAACAAAGUACCCGGUGCUAAUUCAGAGAAUUCUGCAGCACACUAAAGAGAGCGAGGAGGACCACGAGGACCUGACGGACGCCGUCCGGCUGGUGAAGGAGGUGAUCGCCGCGGUCGACAACAAGGUGAACGAGCACGAGAAGAGGCGCCGCCUGAAAGACUUUCACGGCCGCAUGGACAGCAAGUCCAUCAUGAUGACAAAAAGCGGCCAGAUCUUCGCCAAGGAGGAUCUGCUGAGGCGGAGGCUGAUCCACGACGGAAUGUUGCAGCUGAAGAACUGCCAGGGGAGACCGAAGGACGUCCACGCUCUGCUGCUGUCGGACGUCUUCGUCUUCCUCCAAGAGAAAGACCAGAAAUAUGUCUUCGCCAUGCUGGACCAGCGCUGCACCGUCAUCUCCCUCCAGAAGCUGAUAGUGAGGGAGGUGGCCAACGAAGAGCGCGGCCUCUUCCUCAUCACGACGGGCAUCGAGAAGCCGGAGAUGAUGGAGGUCCUGGCCGGCUCGAAGGACGAGCGCAACACCUGGAUGCAGCUCAUCCAGCAGGCCAUGCAGUCCAUGGAGAAGGAUGAGGACGAAGGUAUUCCCAGUGAGACGGAAGAUGACAAGAGACAACUGGAGACGAAAGCCAAGGAGAUGCGAGAUAUGUUGAGGCAGAAGGACACAGAGAUCAUGUCUCUGCUGGAGGAGAAGGUGCAGCUCUUCAGGGGGAUGUGGGAGCCUCUGAACCCAGGGGAGGAGGUCUACCGGCAGGUCCAGCCUUUCUUCCGGUCGGCCUGCAGCCUGGAGCCGCCCAGGGGGGCGUCCAUCAUGUUGGACGCCCUGCAGGAGGUGGAGACGCUGCAGGGGCUGGUGAACGGCAGCCUGGGCGGGGCGAUGGUCGACAUCCAGGAGGGAGGGGGAGCGGGGCCCGUGUGUUUGCCCCGUCGAGCCGAGACGUUCGGAGGCUUCGACAGCCAUCAGAUGCACAGCAGCAAAAGUGGAGACGUCGAGGAGAGCGAGGAUACAGCGGGUGAUCUGCGCAGGACGGAGUCCGACAGCGUUUUGAAGAAGGGAGGAAACGGCAACAUGCUGCAGCUGCUAAAGAGGAACAGUGAGCAGUUCCUCCACAGUGUCUCCAAUCUGCAUUACCUGCUCAGCACCCUGCAGGCGGUGGUGGUCCAGCAGGACAGCUUCAUCGAGGACCAGCGGCAGGCCCUGAGCGAGCGCGCCUCCUCCAGCUCGUCCUCCCUCACGUCCCUGUCGCGGGCGUCCUCGCGGCCCAGCUCGCUGAUCGAGCAGGAGAAGCAGCGCAGCCUGGAGAAGCAGCGGCAGGAGCUGGCGGCUCUGCAGAGGCAGCAGGCGGCUCACGCCGAGGAGAAGAGGAAGCGGGAGAAGGAGUGGGAGACGAGGGAACAGCGGCUGACGGAGAGGGAGGGGCAGGUGCACACCCAGGAGGAGGAGGUCCUGAAGCUGCAGGGCCAGCUGGAGGAGGAGAAGCACGGCCUGCAGGGGAGGAAGGAGGAGUACCAGAGAGACCUGGAGCGGCUGAGGGACGCCCAGAGGAAGCUGGAGAGGGACAGGGAGGCCGUGCAGCGCGAGCUCGACAAGAUGGAGGAGAUAACAGCUGUGCAUCUUCUGUACCUCCACCUCCAGAGGAGAGCCUCUACCACGUCAGAGGAGUCCCUGGUCCCCAGCAGCCCCCAGUCCCUGCAGCUGGACCCGCCGAAGCUUUCCUCCUCCUCCUCCUCGUCCUCGUCCUCCUCUUCCUCCCUGCUGAGGCUGCAGCCGCAGCGGUCGAAGCCCAAAGGGAAAGGCCUGAAUCCCUUCACCUCAUCCUCCACCAACCUCAGAGGAGGAGAAGCCAACAACCAGAUCUCAAAGGGCCUGCUGCAGCUGGCCAAGAACAAGAGCAAAGAGGGCAAGGAGAAGGAGAAGGAGAAGAAGAAGAAGAAGAGCAAAGGGGGGAGCACGCCAGAAGCAGACCCCUCGCACCUCCCGGAGACUCCUCGGGAUGGAGAGAUCUUCUUCUGCUGAGAGGCGAAGCCCUGCUCCUCUUCCCUGCACCCAUCACAGCGACUCAGGAGGAAUGUGUUACUGCCAAGUAGUAAUAAAUGCAUCUCCAUACGUAAUAAGGCAGUGUGCCACCAGGCUUCUUUGCACCUUUAACAUCAUCCUUGAAAAUAUCUAUAAAUUAUGCAGUCAAGCAAUUUAAAUAUACAUACAAGAGAAUGUCAGAGAAAUAUAUAUAUUUUGUAUAAUCAACUGCAAGUUAAAUGUUUUAGGGAUUAUUCGGUUCCCGUUUCCAAAGACACACAGGUGCCUGGUGUCCAGAUUUCUUAAAUUGGAAGAAUUCUGAAUUUGCGAGCAUCAAAUUGAAAGCGGUCGACAGCCCUCACAAGCUCUGCCGAGUGAGUCUCAAGCUCCACGGCCUUUUCCGGGUUUUUGGGAUUCUGUUUUUACGACCCCAUCCGUCCCGGUGUAAACACACACCGACGAGAGGCCACUUGGAGACACAAAUGAAUGACAACACUGGAAAUGCAUCACUGCUGACCACUUGUUCAAAAAAAGCACAGAGGAAAAGUCUGCAGGAACCGAGUGACAUGGCAACACGACCCCUCCCACCCAAAAAGACAGUCAGGAUUCCCACUGAAAGCAAACAUUCCUUUACUCACUAAAGCAUAUCUGGUCCACUAAUUCUGCCUUCUGUAAGUUCUUAAAUUCAAAUACCUCCGGUAAUCUUCUAUAGAGACUUUAUGCCGUCUGUCUUGUUGGCGGGCUGGGUUUUAAUUUAUUUGAAUAAUGGAUUCCUCCAUUUGGCAGUGAAACUCUUUUUCCAGACUCAGCGGUGAUGAAAGGACAGAGACGUAUCUCCCUGCGUCUACCGGAUCAAUUCAUAUCCUUUUGUGUGUUGUGGAGCCGCUGAUGGAUAUUAGCUCGAUCCUUGCUUUAUCUCCUCGUCAAUGGGCUUUUUCCACGGCCCUCAUCUCUCAUCCCAGCGCGACGAGUGGAGCUUCCCUCUCCUUUUUUAAUUUUUUUUUUAACUAAUCGCGCGUAACUCUGCAGGUAGCAAACUAUCGGCUCCUGUGUGUUGCAGAGUGCAGCGGCUGUGAUGAUAGACUCUGGAGGCGCUUUCAGAACUAAGGAGGCUGUUAAUCUGGGGACAAAGCAGCUGGUUAGAGGAAGGAAACACGCCAGAUGAGGCUCUGUUUUGACGCCUAAUCGGGAGAAAACGCUCGGCGUCUGGUGGUUUCAAAUGAACCGGCGUCGGGAAGCACUUUGGUCCAAAUAUGUUCAUGGUUCCUUGAGUUUUGUUAUCCGUGUGAGAGACCAAUCACAGAGAUCUUUGUACACUGUGGAAUUAAAAAUGUUCUUGAUCCAAAUGACCCAAAGCGAGGCUUCUAGGUGUUGUUUCCACGGUGACCUGUCUUCAUUUUUUAAGCCUGUGUUUUAUCCCCACUAAGCCCAACUUGUGAGCCACACAGGCGCACACACGUUACCUGCUGGACAGGUAGGAACUAAAAACAGAAGAAGUUUUAAAAGAUAAAUAAUAGAAAGGUUCUAUUUCCCAUUGGCUCACAGAGCAGCGCCACCGAGCUGCUUUGUGGCGGCUGAGGAUUUGACUUUGUGUCCGGGCCCGGUUUUAUUAUAGUGUGUCUUCUAAGAGGCUUACGGGGACAGCCAAUUAGCUGCUUCGUGUCUUUAGUUUAUAGCUUUUUGGAGUAAUCCUGUCAAAGAAACGGAGAAGAAUGGAGCCCCUUGUUUUGUUCCUGGUCGGUUUCAUGUGUGUAUUGACCACUAGGGAGCACUGCGCCUAUGACAAAAUAAGUCCCCCCCCCCCCUCUUCCCUUCCCCCACAUCACAACAACAAAGUUUAAACUUUCUUUUUACAUAUUCUACCUGCCGUGAGAAAUUGACAUAUUUUUCUCAGCGGGUCGUCGGCGUACAGAGAUAAUGUGAUGAGAGUGGGCUCUCACGCGCUGUGACAUUUUCCCAACCGCAUUUGUAAUUGAGUGCCGAAACAAAUAAGUUGUCAGAGAUCGUAAUUGGUAUCGCAGAGCGAGCAGUCAGCAGCAGCUUUAAUGUGGGGGGGGGACGUGAAGACGUAGCGGUCGGAGGGAGCGGCCGGGCAGAACCACAGACCUCUGUGUGAAAGACAAUCAUGGUGAGGAGGAUGAUGAUGAUGAUGAUGAUGAUAGGGCUGUCCAUGAGACGAGUGUGUAUCAGGUCAACCCUGCGUAGCCUUAAAUCCUAGACGAUAAAUGCACUAAAGUAGAGCUGAGCAUCCUCAGGAGAGAGAGAGAGAUCAUUUAUACCUCUGCUUUCAAACGAAGGAAGACUUUUGCACCGUAAAAUUGGUGUGGAUUUGUUUUGUUCCCAACAAUGUAAAAAAAAA